ACAACUUUCGAGCUUACAUAUUAUUGUGAAUUAAUAACACAGUUAAAGUUUUGUACGGCUUUCAUACUUGGUGAAAUAAGCACCAUUUCAUAUAUAAACAGGACGUAUGUAACACAAUUUUCUAUCAGUAUUUACUUAACGUAACUUUAAGAAGAAGUUAUAUUUAUCAAACAAACAGAUAUUUAUACAAAAUGACGUCAGAAGACAAUAUGAGUUUCGAUGAUAGAUUCGUAAAGCAUUUACAGAAAUUGUUUUAUAUGCCACCAAAUAUUGAAUACGAUCCCUCCGUUAUCGAUAUGUUCGGAGUGCUGAGUCUUACCGAUGUGCGGCAACCAGAUCGCAAACUGUGGUAUAUGUAUUAUUGCAAACAGAAUGAAGUCGACGAAACAUUGGACCGUAUAUUCAAAAAAUAUGGCAAGAAGAAUAUGCGUGAAAUAUUUCGGAAGCGGGUCUUCAGCGGUUUUGGUCUGCGCGAAAGGCUAAAAACCCAUUUCGCCAAUAAGAAAUUGUAUGUGAAGGAAAAGCUGAUUGAAGCUCCACGAAAUAGCUCCUUCAACGACGACAAGGUGAUAAAGAAUGUUACCGAAGUGUACAAUAAGGAGCGAAGAUUGAUCUUCGAGUAUGUUUGUAGGAAACACUUAGGAUAUCCGUAUAUGUAUUGUGAAUCAGCUUGGAUAACUAAUUAUAUAUUGUAUAUAAAAUUCCUGUAAUAUUUCAGACAAGAGUGAAAUAUAGAAAUUAAUAACAAUAACUGCACGCCAAUGAUCCGGACUCGCUCUCUCCGAGAUUGUCCGUGAUUUUAAUGAGACAAUGGUUCAGUCAAGAGUAUUUGCCCUAUACUUAGAUGAUAAUAGAUUUAUUACAUUACAUUUACAUUUUUUGUACACCUUGUUUUGUUUCAGGAUAGCUAUAAAUAUUAUAUAAAAU